AUGGGUCAAGACAAGUCCAAAGGUGCAAAGCACACGCUUCUAGAGCAACCAUGGUUCAUCGUGGCUGCUCUAGCUGGUCUUUUAAGUGGCGUACUUCUCAUCUCUAGUUUCAUCCGAGCUUCGGACAACACUUUCUCACUAUGCUCCACGGCUCAAUCCAUAGCCACACCAAUCCAACUCCAAUCCAUCGUCCACUAUGCUACCUCGCUCAACGUCCCACAACAAUCUUUCGAGGAGAUCUCAAUCACUUUAGACGUCCUUAAGAACCGUAUCCCUUGCAACUUUCUUGUCUUUGGCCUCGGCCUUGACUCUCUCAUGUGGGCCUCCCUCAAUCCUGGUGGCACUACUGUGUUUCUAGAGGAGGAUCCUGAGUGGAUGGAGGCCGUUCUCAACGAUGCGCCCUUUCUUAGGCUCACUAUGUUCAGUACCAUACCCAACUUUCUCAAGCCGACCGUCUUCUCUCGACUUACAAAUCCGAACCAAAGUGUUUACCGGCCAACGCUUUCCCGAUCCGGUACAACGAAAAGUGUCCAUUGGCGUUGA